AUGGGAGAGACCAGACAGCCACAACUUAACGGAGCCUAUUACGGCCCUUCAAUUCCACCGCCGUCCAAGUCUUACCACCGCCCAGGCCGCGGCGGCGGUGGCUGCUGCUGCAACCCCUUCAGUUGCUGCUGUAGUUGCAUAGCCAAUUGUAUUUGUACCUGCUUAUGCCAAAUCGUUUUCACCAUUCUCUUUAUUGUUGGCAUAAUUGUUUUGAUCUGCUGGCUUGUUUUCCGCCCCAACCCCGUUAAAUUCUACGCCACUGAUGCCUCUCUGACGGAAUUCAAUUACGAUAAAAACACGCUGCACUACAAUUUGGCGCUCAAUUUUACGAUCCGAAACCCUAACAAGCGAAUUGGAAUUUACUACGAUCGGAUCGAAGCAAGGGCCUUGUAUGAAGGCCAGAGGUUUGAUAGUGUUCCAUUGCAACCGUUUUAUCAAGGCCAUAAAAGUACCAAUUCGUUGAGGGCGGAAUUCCGAGGGCAAAGGGUUGUUUUACUCGGAAAUAGAGAGAUUUCGAACUAUAAUAAUGACAGGAAUUCUGGCACGUUUGAUAUUGAAGUAAUGCUCUACCUGCGGAUUAGGAUGAAAUUCGGAUUUGUGAAAUCGACAAGAGUGAAGCCGAAUAUCGAGUGCGAUUUGAAGAUUCCUCUACGUUCCAACGGCACAUCACCUGGAACUUACGAAUCGAAACGUUGCGAUUUCGAUUGGCGUUGA